GGCGCCGGAAGUGGGCGUGGUCCGCCCGCGGCUUUCUGGGACUUGUAGUUCGGCACAUAGGCGCGGGUGCGGGUCAGUGUUGCCAGUGUUGCGAAUCUUGCGCUUCCAGGUGUCCGACUCCAAGUGGGAGGUGAGAGCUGUCUGGCAGAAGGCGCAGCCCGGAGCAGCCCGCAGCGAAGCAUCUGGCUGUCUAGUUGUGGGAACGCUGCGGGGCAGGCGCUGGACCGCAGGGACCCGGAAGCCUGGCGGGCGGCCGUGGGAGGGCGCGCGCCCUGGCGGAGAUGAGAACGCGGGCCGCACGUGUGCCCACGCGCUUCGGCCGCUGCUGCGUUCCCAGGAUCGGCGGCGAUCACCUGAGACCAGGCGGCCCCCACUGCUGAGCCGCCCGCGGUUCCGAAUGGCCCUCCUCUCGCCUGCCUGAGCUCCGGCCUCGGCUGGCCUGGGAGCUUCGCAGUUGGCCAUACCGGCCUUUUCCACGCCGGUGACUGGCCCUACUCGAAGGAGAUUUUCGGUGGACGUUAAGGGACCGAGAGGGGGCCUUUGAGGGACUGAAGUUUCCAUCCCCACAGCCCUGUCCUCGGUGAAAAGAGAGUGCGUCACAGGCCGUGCACCCCAGAAACGAGUCAGGCCGUCAGGUGUCGGGCAGCCGAAAUCUCUCCGGAGAGGCGAUACAUCUAACCCGACAGCUCCUACUGCUCUAACUAGAACUUGAGGGCAAAAAAAUCCGCGAAGCCUGGGGAAAUGGGCACAUCUUAAGAGCUGCUGGGAAGGAUGGGAAUUUCUUACCCUGGUGGGUUUGCGGGGGAGGCUUGGCAUAUUUGAUCCGAAGCCCAGUGGAGAGAGGUGAGGGAGGUGCAGCAUGGAGAGACAGGAAGGGUACCCCAGCAGAGGGUGUAUGAAGGAAGGUUGCAGGAGCUGAGUAACUUUUUUCCUACAGUCUUGCUGGAUUGGCUUGUCUGUGUCCUGCAAAGUGGACGUGAUUUACAUGGAUUUUUCGCUUUCCCUAACUCUACCUUUCCAGGAGUCUGUCCUUGCUGACAAGAGGAAAUGACCGAGUUCCAGGGGACAUCUCUGCUGACUGGGCUUGGGAUGGAUCUAAUAAGAAUCCAGAUGGAGACUUGAAUGAAAAUUCUGUGGAGAAUCAAGAGAAAGGACUUAGGUUAUCUAUCACCUGAAGAGCUUUCCACCUGGCAAAUUUUGGAAGAGAUGGCCAGUACAGUAACUGGGAGUCAGGAUUAAAUUGUGAAUCUUCAAGGGGAGGUGUAUAGGAACCCUGAACUAGAUCUUUCCACCUGUCAGAAGUAGGGAGAACAUCUUCUCAUAUUUCCAGAAACAAGAGCAGUGUGGUGACUCUUCAAAGUGAUGAUUUAAAAAAACAUGGAAAGUGAAGAAUAUUUGUCUUUGAAAGUCCCAAGCCAAAUGGCCACACAGAACUCAGUGACAUUCUGUAAAAAUGAGCCCCAGGACCCUCAGGAAAGCAAAAGUCUGUUUGUAACUGAAGAAAGCACUGAGAGGAAAAUGAUAGAGGGAAAAAGUCCUCCCAUUGACCAUUGUUCAGAAAAAUUUCAGAAUAAACUUGAGUCUGAUGUAACAGAAGUGGUCUCACCACUGUUCAGAGGUGAGACAUUCUGCCAGAUUGGCCAGUUGAAAGAAUCUUUGGAUCCCUCUGACUGUAACCACAAAGACGUUUGUGGUUGGAAAUCACGGCUUGUCAGUCAUAGUCAUGAGAGAGCUCAUAUAGAGGAGAAGCCCUGUACCCAUUAUGACUGUGGGAAAAUGUGUAGCACCAGCCUCAGUGGUCACCCAGGUGAGAAAGUUCACACUGCAGAGAAACUAUACAGAUGUAGUCAGUGCGGUAGGGACUUCAGUGAGCGCUCAGAGCUAGUCCUUCAUCAGAGAGACCACACAGAGGAAAAGCCCUUCAGAUGUGAUCACUGUGGGAAGGGCUUCACGAGAAGCUCAAGUCUCCUCAUCCACCGAGAAGUCCAUGCAGAUGAGAAGCCUUAUAAGUGUGACAAGUGUGGGAAAGGCUUCACGAGGAGUUCAAGUCUGCUUAUUCAUCACUCAGUCCACACAGGUGAGAAGCCUUACAAAUGUGACAAGUGCGGGAAGGGCUUUACUCAGAGCUCCAAACUGCACAUCCACCAGCGUGUGCAUACUGGUGAGAAGCCCUAUGAGUGCGGGGAGUGUGGUAUGAGCUUCAGUCAGCGCUCCAACCUGCAUAUCCACCAGCGCAUCCACACAGGCGAGAGGCCCUACAAGUGUGGGGAGUGUGGGAAGGGCUUUAGUCAGAGUUCAAACCUUCACAUCCACCGGUGCACACACACGGGGGAGAAGCCUUACCAGUGCUAUGAGUGUGGGAAGGGCUUCAGCCAGAGCUCAGACCUCCGCAUCCACCUCAGAGUCCAUACUGGAGAGAAGCCCUAUCACUGUGGCAAGUGUGGGAAGGGAUUUAGCCAGAGUUCCAAACUCCUCAUCCACCAGAGAGUCCACACCGGAGAGAAGCCCUACGAGUGCAGCAAGUGUGGGAAGGGCUUCAGCCAGAGCUCCAACCUCCACAUCCACCAGCGGGUCCACCGGAAAGAUCCUCAUUAAAUGAGGUCUUCAGUCACAUGCUCGUACUCUCAAGAAAUAAAUGUUUUUUAACAUUGCUCUUACUUUUCUACUCUUAGGAGGUAGUAAGAGUUACUCAGAUAUGUUCCUUAACUGAAAAUCAUUCAUUUAAAGUAUUUAAGUACCAAGCACUUUGUUAUGCUACACAGCAAAUUGAUUGUUCUUGUUCCUCAGAUGGGUAAAGUGAAAAACGUCUGUACUUUGCCGUUGAGCCAGUGUUACUAGAGCUACAUAUCCUACCCAGCGUUUUUAAGUGCAAGAACCUUACAUUUGUCAAAGCAGAACAUAUUUCUCUUUGUUCACAUCCUCUGAGAAAUUGGAACUUUGGCUUCUCUUCAAAUCACGUGCCUUGUGUUUUCCUAUUUCCUUCCAGCCCUGAGUAGCCCUCUCUAAACUAUGACUGUACAAUAUGUUUUAGGUUGAGGGCAUGGUUGGACAUAUCAUUGGCAUGGAAAUCUGUUGUUUAUUGCACACAUGUGCUCCAGCCUGUAGCCUCACAACAAGACGGUGAAGAGCUACUUGUGUAUUACACUCCACACACUCCAGGAUGUGGAACCCUGCUUCCCCAAAGGCAACUGCUCAAGAACAUCAGUGGUUCCUUUUCAUGGGUACAGCUAGUUUGUUGGGGUUUUUCCAGAUCUAGCCACUUCAGAUGAUGCCCCCACCAAACUAAAGCCAAGUAGGGUACAUAUAUUAUGUGGAGAUGUCCAAUGAAGCUGAAAUAUAUUUAAAUGUAUUUAAUUCAUCUCUCAACACUUAACUCUCAUUUCCUUAAUUUUCUUCAUCACCCGUAUUAUAUAUUAAUCAAAACAAAGGUGUUAGUAGAGAAAGUUCUGAUAUUUUUUCUCUUCAGGCUUAUCUUGUUUGAAUAUUUGAUGUAUAACGAAAAAAAGUCAUUUGUUUUCGCAGUGUUGUUAGCAAACCAAACUUGGGCCCGCUUGCCCAUGCACAGUAAAGCCAAUCUACUGACACUG